AUGGUGCCCUCGGACACCUUCGAUACCAAAGCCCUGGGCUAUGAGUACGAUGAGCUACCACCCGAACCGCCGCAGCGCAUGACGGAGGAGCCCAUCUACGUGGCGUUUCGAGACAUCCAGGUUCUGCAGCUGGAUCGGAAGAGCUAUGCGCUCCACAUCUUCUUGGCCGCCAAGGGAGCAGCGUGGGUGGCUCCAGUACGACUCAAGGAGUACAGCGCCAAGCCCGGCUACGCGGGAGCCGGGGCGAUCUUUGGCGGAAGGGCUCAGGAGUGUCAGAACUGUCGCAGCCGGCCUCCCUUCACGGUCCUGGUGGAAGUGCAAAAGGCAUUGCAGGACCUGAGGAUGAGCCGGCACGAUGCAGAGGUUAUGGUCGCCCAAAGUACAGAGCGAAGCUCCGCUAAUCAACCGUCAAGUUCGUAUGGAACCGUGGGCUUGGGAGUUCUGGCGAAUGGUGUAACGACAGAAGAGCGACUUCAGCGUAACAGUGGGGGAUUGGACAGUAGUUUGGAAGAGAAUCCCAACCUACUUGAUCCAGCCCCUCUUCGCGAACCACAAGGAGAAGCUCGUGAACUGAUCCCUGCUCAACAGCAUCCUCCUGUGCAUAUGGAGCCAACCUAUGAUGAGCCGCACCGGAGCGCGAACGUUAUAACAGCUGAAAUGGGAACAGUUGAGCCUGCACCGAAAGCCAACAGCCUACCCAGGACUCCUAUGACUCCGACGAGGUCUACGGUGACAGUCCAGGAGUACUACACGGCGGAAGCAAGUUCUACUACCACAGAGCAACAGGGCGUGAGAUGGAUGACCAGAGUCACCGAGUUUCUUCAGAGAACAGCAAGUCGGGGAGUAACGGGCGUGGAACGAGUUCUGGAUGGCCUAGGAAUACCUCAGGUACAACCGGAGACCACGCAAGCCUCUCGAUUUGCACCGCCUCCGAGGACCUCGACGACGCAGUCGGCCAUGAUCGUAUAUUCACCUCCAGAGGACCUUCCUGCACGACCGAGCAGGACAGUGCAGCCGCCACCCAGGUCAUGGGAAACGACUACCGCUGUGGAACCACCUCUAUUUGGCCCCACGCAGAUUGAAAGGAUGAGGCAAGCUCAGGUGGAGUACCCCCACAUCUACGGACAACCCUCUGAAGGAGGGAGUGAGCACUCAUCGAGGCUGCAAGCAGAAGUGCAACGACAGUUGGAGGAAUACAACAUACGACAUCAAGAAGAGAUACGAAGGAUGGCUGAGGAGGUGGAACAGCUGAAGAGUGAAAAGGCGCAAUGGGAGAUGCGUGCGAAAAGUUUGCUGAAUGCGGAAGCGAUCCACGCGUACAGCUCCAAGGUGAUCCACGCGUACAGCUUCCAGGUGAUCCACGGCAACAGCUUCCAGGUGAUCCACGCGUACAGCUUCCAGGUGAUCCACGUACACAGCUUCCAGGUGAUCCACGCGUACAGCUUCCAGGUGAUCCACGUACACAGCUUCCAGGUGAUCCAGCUCGGGGACAGGACAUGUCAGGACCGCAAGCAGUCGAGCUUCAAGGACCAGAAGUCCACGGCACAACAGUGGCUAGGAGGUACAACGAACCAAGAUCCUAUGACACUCCUGGCGGGUGGAAUGGCGCAGCUACAGGCGGUGAUGCUUCAACAACUCACUUCUGAAAAAGAUCGCGGAGGAGAGAGGAGCCCGGAGACUGUGAAGCCGGGAGUGUCGACGCUGCCUUUGCUACCCCAGGUGUCGUCUACUACUGCGUCGGUGGACAUCAUGGACUGGCUAGAGCUCUUGAACGCACCCAUGUCUGACCUCAGCGAUGGAUCGGGUGAAUGGUGGCAAAGAGUGAAGUUGGAAUCGUCUACAGCCUACCAUCUAUGGACAAGCGCAAGCCCUAUCGAGAAGCUCAAGAUACAGCCGCCCCACGUUCCGGAGCUUGAAGCUGGACGCUGGAGCAGGGUCAAUUCAAGGGCAUCGUCUAUGAUACUUCUUGCCCUGCACGACACAGUUCGCCAAGAGAUGGUUUCACGUAGAUCCACAGGAUCGGCAACAGCAAUCCUCUUCAGACUGCUCACAAUCUACCAGCCGGGCGGACAGCAGGAGAAGGUGCAAAUCCUACAGAACCUCCAGCAGCCAAGUCCAGAAAAGGACCCACAUCAGGCGGUUGUCUCGCUGCGAGCCUGGGCAAGAUGGCUCCGCCGCGGACGAGAUCUAGGACUUGCGGCACCUGACCCAAGCCUUUUGGCUCGGGGGCUGACGUCGAUGACAAGGGCAGUGCUCGAGAAGGACCAAGAAGUGGUGUUUCGCACUAGCCUUGUGAGGAGCAACCUACUCGUCGACACCAAGCCGACUUACGAGACUGUGGAGCAGUACUAUCACCACCUCCUUGCAGAAUGCGAAGCUAUGGCAGUGACGAGCACGGGGAACACAGCUACGGCUACCAAUGCAGGUGGAGCUCGGCCGGACCCGAAGAUCAAACCGAUGAAGCCGGAACCGAAGGCACCAUCUACGCCACCACCUGCACCGCCGAGGAGCACUUCACAAACUACUAACACUUCGGAGGAGGACACGGACAAGCGCUCUCAGAUACCUUGUCGUUUUUUCGGAAAGUCCUUCAAGGGGUGCGCCAGGGGGACUAAGUGUCCGUUCCAACAUACCUGGGAAGGGAACGAGAAGGAGAAGGCUGGACGAUGUAAUGUAUGCGGUGGAAAACACCCGGUCAAGGAAUGCCCGACCAAAAAGACUGGAUCCACGCCAUCUACCACAACCUCUGCACCUUCGAGUACCUCAAAGGCACCACCUCAGAAGCCUCCUUCCACGAACCAGCAGGCACCAUCGCCCACCUCCAACAAGAGUGUGAGGAUUGACGAUAAUCCCCAAGUCGAGAAUAUUCCCUCAAGAGCUACUACGUCGUCAUCCGAGGCAGUGCCGGACAUCAAGGAAGUUUUGGCUGAUGUGGGGAAAAUGCUUAAGGCCAUGCAGGCUCCAACCACUUUUCGGAAGCUCAAUGCCAAGUCCAAGGUAGAGAACGAGCCGGAGAACGAGAACCCCCAGGUGAAGAGUGUGGCUACGGAUGAGGGUGGUGACAUCCGAGGAGCAUCUACCUCAAUAGCGAUCUGCGACUACGAGGACACCACGGAGGAGUUUGAUUACGAUGAAGAAGUUCCCGAUGACGAUCAAGGACCCAGAGGACUACUAGACAGCGGGGCGAGCCAUGCGCUCAAGGAGGCCACGGUCGAGGAGUAUAACCGUGGACUUCCAAUCAAGGUCACGUUGGCAGGCGAGGACACCAAGGAGCUUCGACAGAACGUUUGCGGGACCGUCCUUGUCACCCAGACUGGCGACCAGAAGGUGCAACCGAUCGUGCCAAUGGGAGCCUUAGUCGAAGACCUCGGAUGCAGUCUGCAAUGGGCCAAGGGUACACUGAAGUUGAGGCAUCCUACCAAGGGCUUCAUCAAGGUCUACUUGAACAACAACUGUCCGGAAAUCAACUUCCGAGAAGCGCACCGCCUUAUUAAGGAGCUGGAGAACAAGCACCUUGCCUUGUUGAAUGCUCAAGUCAGUUCUUUGACUGCGAGACUCGAGGUGCUGCGCAAAGAGGAAACGAGGAGCUGGAAUGAGUUGCUGAAAGAGUUCACUAAGACUGGAUCACAGUCAACUAUGUUGAGGGCUUUGAUGACGUGCCCGUUUACCAAGGAUCUGCCCAGCGAAGUGCAAGCAAUGGUCGCCGAAGGCUUUGAGUUGGACCAAGGGGAAACGUACCUCAAGAACCUCCCACUUACGAAGCGGAAAAGAAAGGCCCUCAUGAACUCCAACUCCUGGGUCAUUCAGCUUUUCCACGACGAUGAGGACAACUCCAAAGAGCCUUUCAAUGUGAUCAACCGUGGAGGAAAGAUGCUUCUACGGGUGGAUUCGAGACUGUCGAAGCAAUGGGACCUUCAUGCCAGAGGUAGAGUUUAUCGAAUGUUGUUAUGGGCCGCUGCCAAAGGGAAGAUAACGGAUGUCUUGGGUUCGCCGCCCCACUUUACAUGGCCUACCUCUAUGGCGCCAACACGUGGUCCAGGAUCAUAUCCGGUGAGAACUCCAACGUCACCUUACGGACAACAACCUCUACAACCCCUGCAACAACACCGGGUGGAUCAAGAGACGGCUUACAUCGUCAAACAAAUGAUGAUAUGGAUGAUCGCUACAAUCCGGGGACCGGGGGUGGUAGGUCUCUACAUGGACCUCCCACAAGAUCCAGAGCGACAUCGAAGAGAUGAUCCGGCACAGGCCUCCUACUGGUCUACAGAGCUGUGGAAAGGCUUCAAGUCGGUGAGUGGAAUGAAGCGAGUGGAUUUCUACAUGGGCGCAUAUGGGCACCGAGCCAAGAGACCUACUACGGCGGCAACAAAUUACCCAGAGAUUGCCCACAUCGACAAUAGCUACGACUUUGGAGACCAGUGUGUGCCUCCCUCUUUACUAAAAAGGGAAGAGCUGAACCGAUGGCCUCGCGAGUUCAAGUCCAUCCUUGCGGAAGCUGUGUUGAAUAUGCAUGGACAUCCGACCCAUUCGGAUCAAGAGGUGGAUGAGGCGAGCAUCAAGGUGAGCAAGCUCACAAAGGAACAGCGUAUGGAAUGGAAAGCCCAUCUGGAUCGUGAUCAUGAACCUUACAGAAGCGACUGCUCCAUCUGUAUAAACGCACAGGCGACUGGAUAUCAACACAGACGCAGGAGAUAUCCGGGAAUGUUCACCUUAGCGGUGGAUCUAGCUGGUCCGUUCCGCACAAAGGGCAAAGACCUAGACUUCGACGACUAUCGAUAUGUCAUGGUCGCAGCGUACAGAUGCCCCCGGAGUUAUGUUGGCGCUAUGGAGCCAGAUCCUGAGCUCUACGUCCCGGACACGGACAUGGAGCUCCCUGGAGAUGAGGAUCCCCUGGCUUUGGAUGAGGAGGAGAAGCUUCCCGGCAUUGAGGAGGAGCACACCGAGGACGAUGACGAGGAACAACCUCCAGAUGACCCCUCGAAAGUAGAUGAUGAAGUAGAGGAGCUCAGCAAGAAGAUGGAGCAUUCUACAAUUUACAUCACACGUUGUUUGAGGAGGAGAACGGGUCCUCAUGUACUCCAAGCCGCGAAAGAAGUACUUCUUCAACUACGACAAUCUGGUCUGUAUGUGUCGACUAUACAUACGGAUAGGGCUCGCGAGUUCAAGUCCCAGGCCUUCAAGAGUUGGGUUACCGACGAGAAACUACGUCAUAGCCGAACAGCUGGUGGGGAUCCCGCGGCAAACAGCACAGCGGAGCUCGGGGUGAAGUGGGCCAAAGCAAGAGUAAGAGCGUUGCUGAGGAGUCCAGGUGCCUCCCCGAACGAAUGGCCAAUGGCUAUGGAUCAUGCGUCAGCUAAAGUAUGGGCAGGAGCCUUCCCCCACAGCCCAUGGGCCAACUUUCCGCCCGUGGCCUUUGGAAGCGAGGUGUGGUACCGAGCAAAAACCUACAAGGGGAAGAAGGAGAAGAUCCAUGAUGCUGAUGGUUCAAGGUGGAAAAAGGGACUUUAUCGAGGACCCGCCCGUGACGUCAGCCGAGGUCAUCUGAUUCUAAGAGAAGACGGCGGUUUGACCAUUGCAAAAGGGAUUAAGUUCAAUGUGGUGGAGCCUGAGCGCGAUCUGAAGGACAUCCUCCCGCAAGCCUCUAUAGAUGGGGUCCCCAUUGAGGACUUGGACGAUUCCAGAAUGGCUACCAAGAAAGAGCUGCGAGAGGAGAUCGAGUUUAUGGCCAAAAAGGCAUUGUCAGAUGGACGCAUCACGGUUGAGGAGGUGCUCAAGAUCUAUGACAAGCUGGAAGAACUUGGAGACACGGAUUUCCGUACUACAAAGAAGUCCCCGAUGACCUCCUGGUACAGUGGUGCCUUUGUUCAUGGUGGAAAAGCGGGCCUACGAUCCAACGCCAAGGACUUUCCUAUGACGACGAAGCUCCUCACCACCUACGCCAAGAAGUUCACGAGUGGUCGAACAUUCAGUGCAAUUGGAAUCACCCGGAACACCACUCUGGGAAUCCAUCGGGAUUCACAUAACUCCCGUGGAACCAAGAAUAUGGUACUCCCUCUUACUGAGUUUCAAGGCGGUUCGUUGUGGAUCCAAGGCCAACAUGAUGAACAGAAGCCAACUAUGGAGAGAGAGCUUCCUAAUGGCUCGAAGAUAGCGGGGCAAGUGAUCGAGCUCAAGAAAGAGAAUAUGGUGGAGUUUGAACCCUCCCUUUGGCAUGAAGUCCAGCCCUGGGAAGGUGAUCGACUUGUGAUGUUGCUGUAUACCCCAAGGGCUACAAAGCUCCAGAACGAGCACUACGAGGACCUUCAGAAACUGGGCUUCGUCAUUGAAAAGAAGAAGGGCAACCAGGAUGACCUCGAUGAGGAGGAGGACAGUGCCGAGAUCAGGAGGCUAAAUCUACAGGAAGAGGAAUAUCCCAUCAACGCCUUUAUCGAGGUGGACGAUUCGAUCUUCGAAUGCACAUCCUCUAUAACACCCGCGCCUGUCUACCCGAAGGCAAUGGUCAAGAAGAGCGAAGUACAGUACACCCCGGACAUCGAGCGGGUUCUUCAUGAGUUGAAGGACAAGGGUGACGUGCUGGCGGUGACCCAUGCAGUAAGUCUUAGUGAUGUCAAGAAGAAUCUGGAGUUAUGGUAUGAUUCGGCGGCCAAGGAGUACAUGAACCUCAAGGACAAGAAGAAAGCGUUCAAGGUCACGAAGCGCUGGAACCUACCACAGGGCUGCCGCAUAGUACCAUGCAAAGGGGUCUUCACUAUCAAGCCGGAUAAAGCUCCCAACCUCUUUAAGAGGAAAACAAGAUUCGUUGCAUGUGGAAAUCACGUGCCCGAGGGGAGCAUGAUGCCGGAAGGCUUUGACUUGUUCGCUGCGGGUCUCGAUGCAGUGUCCCUCCGUACGAUGUUUGCUCACACCGCAGGCAAGGACUGGUGCACAGGAACCACAGACAUACGACAAGCGUUUGUCCUUGCGCCAUGGCUUGGCGCCCCAGUAGCGCUACAACCGCCUGCUAUAGCGUACGAGUUGGGACUCGCCGAACCGGGUGACAUGUGGGAAGUCCAGAUGUCCAUAUAUGGGAUGCGGGAGUCCCCCGCGCUAUGGUCUGGAUUUCGCGAUCAAGAACUCAGGGGUGCAUCCUGGGAGUGCGAAGUCGACGGCACCAUCAAAAGGUUGAAGUUGCAACAGUUGGUUUCCGAUGAUCAAGUAUGGAAAGUGGUUGAGGAAGAGAAACCCCAUGAAGCUUUGGGCUACAUCAUGGUUUACAUAGACGACCUCUUGAUCACUGGACCACCGAAUAUCCUCCACUCAUUCUUCGACUGGGUGUCGGCGCGAUGGGAAGUGGAUGACUUGGACAUCCUCGACUAUGACCACCCGAUAAGGUUCUUGGGUAUGGAGCUACAUCGAGUACCUGGAGGCAUAGAACUGGCUCAAGAAGGCUUCAUAAAAGAGCUACUACGAGCGUAUGGCCAUUCCGGUGCAAGAUCAUGGUCUCAAGGAUCGAGGGAGUCUCUGGUACUGUCGCCAGAAGAAGAGGAAGCCAUCAUCAAUGCCCAGCCUACAAACUUAGAGGGACGAGAGGCGGAAGUCAAGCAAGCGCAGCGUCGGGUCGGAGAAAUGUUGUGGUUGACGGGGCGAUCACGCCCUGAUAUUCAGUACAUCACAGCGUUAAUGGCAUCCCGAAUAACCCGGGCACCUGAGCUGGUGAACGAGAUCGGCGAGCGGCUCUUGACCUACUUGAACGAAACACAACACUAUCGCUUGAGUUUCGUCCAGAAUGACGACUUGGAAAGACGAUUGGAAGUCUUCACAGGGCUCUUGCAGGAGUUGACAGGACAGAUUCUCCCAAUCUAUCUCCGGGUCGAUAACCAGGUGUUUGUGCUACACGAACCGGGCGCUACGCAAAGGGCCGACAUAGGGACUAAGCCCCUGACAAAAGAGCGACUUAAGAUCUUGGUUCAACUCUGGGGAAUCAUCGACAGGCUCAUCAUGUUCUGUCAGAUUUGCGGUUCUACGGCAGCCACUCAGGGGACUAUCGAGACAGAAAUCCCGUGGGAUCUAUACUUGGUGGUUUUGGUUUUGGCCAUAGCAGUGAUUGGUCUCUGGGAAGGAUUCAAGUUCUGCCUGAGGAAGAAAGAAGCUCGACUACGUGCACUCAGGGUCAAGGCCAACAAAGCAACGCAGCCGCAGAAGCUCACUAAGGCUGAGCUCAAGGAGCUCCAGCGUUUGCUGGCUUUGGAUCCGGAGGAUCUGACAGCAGACCAGCGUGUUCGAAUGGUUGUCUUCAUGGGCCCCUGGUUCGAGGAUGUCGACUCGCCACUGCGUAGUGGGGCGUCCGGUGUCGAGGUCCUGCAGCUUCAAAAGGCGCUCACACGCCUUGGUUAUCUUGCCGAGGAUCCCAACUUUGCCUCUGGAGUCUUUGAUGAGACCACCGAAGAGGCCGUGAAGGAGUUCCAGCGAUUCAGCGGCCUCACCCAGGAUGGCAUCGUGGGUCCUGUGACCAAAGCUCAACUCACCGCGCAGCGUUUCGACAGGAUGCCAGACGUCAACUUAGGAGGUAGUCCCUUCAAGGACGGGAAGCUGACGUACGCGGUGGGCUUGCUGCCGGGCUACCUGGAGCGCUACCGGGCUGAUUGCCUCCGUGAGAUGCACGAGGCCCUGGCUCAGUGGUGCACUGCGCUCGGUAUGGAGCUGCAAAGGACAAGCCAUUUGCAAGCUCGCCUCCACAUCGUCUUCCAGCCCUUGGCAAUUGCCGGUGCUGAGCCGGAACCCGGCGGGGCACUCGCCGAGGCGACGGCGAAUCGCAUCGUGCUCGACUCCUCCGAGCGAUGGCUUCUCAAGGCCCAGACGAAGCCGGACCGCUUCCAGAAGGCCUUUUAUCUGUCUCCGGUCCUCCUGCACGAGGUGGGGCACAGCCUUGGUUUGAAGCAUAGCUCGGACCCGGCUGACGUGAUGUGGCCAUACUACAG